GACGACACUGUGUUUGCGGUCGGCUUUUCAAAGUACGGUCUCUAUAACCAACUACUCGAUGGUGUGAUCACUUGUCCGCAGAUCGACGGCAAGGAUAUCAAAACAAUGGCCGCAGGUUUCAGCGGAAUGACAUUGAUUGCACACUCGGCGCCCUUCACUGACCAAAACUAUGGCUCAGCUCUGGUCACACCCGACGGUAAAGUGGUUGGCAUUAAUGUCAAUAAAGCCUCAAAGACUAGUUUCUAUGCGCUUUCAGUUAAUAAUCCGUUUUUUGCCAUAAUUAUGAAGGAUAUCGACCAGUAUUUGAUUGCAAACGCAGACAAAAGCAUUACAUCGCUUGGAGUGGUAUUCAAAUUGUUGGACACGGCGUUGAAGGAAGAGUUGAAAACACAUCCAGAUUAUAGAGAUAUGAUAAUCCCAGAGAACGGCGACGCUAUCAUNAUU